GUCCCAUGCAGAAAUGCCUGGAAAAAAAGCACGAAGAUUUUGGCCCUGGAAUUUCCGAGCAAUUUCUUGCUUAUUUGGACUCGCAAUGGUACAAUAUGCUUUAGGCGGUGGAAGAAGGUCCAUAUCAAAUGGAAGUUGGAUGCGGUUGGGACUUACAAUUGGAGAAAUGUUCAAAAACGGCGAAAUCAUCGAAUGCUCUAAAUUGCCAGGCCUUAGUUUAGGACAAAGUCGUAUUUGCGAAUUGUAUAAGGAUCACAUGACCGCUGUUAGUUCAGGAGCACAUCAAACUCUUUUAGAAUGCAGACAUCAACUGCAAGACAGACGAUGGAAUUGCUCAGUUUUAGACGACGUUACUGUCUUUGGACCAGUAACACAAAUUGCGAGUCGGGAGACGGCCUUCGUACACGCACUUGCUGCGGCAGGAGUCAGUCACGCUGUGUCCAGAGCUUGCCGCGAUGGACAACUGCAGAGCUGUGGGUGUUCAAGGAUGGGCCGACCUAAAGACCUGCGGAAGGACUGGGUCUGGGGCGGCUGUGGUGACAAUCUUGAAUACGGAUACAAAUUCACACAAGGUUUUGUGGACGUUAGAGAACGCGAACGAAAAUACAAGAGGGGUUCAAAAGAACAAGGUCGAUCACUCAUGAAUCUGCAUAAUAACGAAGCUGGCAGAAGGGCAGUAAUAAAGAAAUCAAGAGUCACAUGUAAAUGUCACGGUGUAUCGGGGUCCUGUUCCUUAAUUACCUGUUGGCAACAAUUAGCAAAUUUUAGAGAAGUCGGAGAUUAUUUACGCGACAAAUACGACGGUGCAACGGAAGUUCGUGUAAAUAAACGAGGAAAACUUCAGAUUCGCGACGCGAGAUUUCGUCUUCCGACUGCAAACGAUUUAUUGUAUUUGGAAGACUCGCCGAACUAUUGUCUUAGAAAUUUGUCGGUUGGCUCCUUAGGAACCCAAGGACGAACGUGCAACAGGACGUCGCAGGACUUGGACGGUUGCAAUCUCCUUUGUUGCGGAAGAGGGUAUAAUACAAUGAGGACAGUUCUGAAGGAAAGAUGCCACUGUAAGUUCAAAUGGUGUUGUGAAGUGCAGUGCAAGACGUGUAUAAAAGCGGUAGAAAUGCACACCUGCAAAUGAAACAAGAAAUCUCAUUUUGUAAGUAUUGUAAAUAGGAAAUUGUUGUUUUCGAAAAACAAAUUACGUUCAAAUAUUUAUUUUAAUGUCAGAAUUAGUACAAGACAAAAUACCUUCUAAGUUCUUAUUAUGAAAAUGGAGUUGAGUAUUUAAUAUAUCAUAUCACUUUUUCAUCUAAUUUACUACAAUUGUUCGACUGCAAAUCAUACAUAAAAUAUGUGACAAUCUAAAAAUCACCCUAUUAGUUAUUUCAAAAGUUGGUCAAGUUUAGGUACUCUUCAGUACAAAUAAUAGUGUUUCGUUUAGAAUUAUUGUUUUAAUUAAUUUCAGAAUUUGAAAGUGAUUGGAAUAUUGAGAAAUGAAAUAUUUUCGUAUUUUUAACAUACUUUGUAUAGAUUUUUGGUGUUCGGAAAUUCAAAAACGAAUGAAAUUGUUUCGAAUAUGUUGAUCAUUGCCAAGAAUGCAUACGAUACUACUAAGAACUAAAGGGUGGCAUAUUUAGCGUGUUCUACGGAAGCUCAGUGUUCAUUUAUCAAAGUUUCCGUUUCCUAUUAAUUUUAUGAAAAUAUAGGGGGCAAUGUGUCUUGUACGUUUUCUGGUGCUACAGUAUUUAUAAAUCAUAAUCAUAAUGUGCAUCAACUUCUGGGUAGUUUUUGCGUAAAUGAUACACAUUAAAAACGAAUAAAAGUGUCUAUUUUAAACAAAAAACGGAACGUUUUGUAAUUAUUGAUAAUACAAAUAGUACAAAUCAUCUUAAGCACAGAUUAUUUUUACUUUUACGAUCAAUGCAAAGUCUGGCUCCUUAUUAUUAAUUUAUUUGAUCGUCAUUCAAUUAACAAAUGACAUUAUUAUUUGAUCGUUCCUCGAUAUUGUAUUACAUCAAAUCUUUUUGACAUACCGUAGAAGCUGUUUCGGUA